CGUCCCUUCCCGCCGCUUCCCCCGCCCCGGCCACCAUGAACACCAACGUGUGCGUGGAGAGCGGCCCCAACCCCGAGGCGCCGGGGCUGCCCAAGGACAGCCACCUGCCCGAGGGGGCCCUCAACAGCCUUGUGGAUUACAACUCGGAGAUGGAGAGGUACCGCUCCUUCGCCACCUUCUACAAGACCAACGGCGGCGCCUUCCCCCAGGCGGCCAAGAUCGCCCGCAUCACCACCCCCAUCUUCCCCAGCGCGGCCGCCGCCGCCGCCGCCCGCAUCGGCAUGUCCCCCUGGAACUGCGACACCGCCACGGCCGCCGCCGCCACCGCCAUGCUCUGGGGCAGCGGCGGCGGCGGCGCGGCGGGCGGCGCGAGGAAACCCCCCUCCUCCUCCUCCUCCGCCGCCGCCGCCGCCUCCGCGGCCGCCGCCGCCGCCUCCUCGCUGCACGCCGGCAGGGGCGGCAUGCACCACCGGAGCGACUCGCAGCGGCUGGGCAAGCCCGGCUGCCCGCCGGCCGAGCAGCCCGCCCUGCCCAUGGCCAACGGCAACUUCCUCUCCACCCUCGCCCCCGAGCACUGCCGGCCGCUGGCUGGCGAGUGCAUGAACAAGCUCAAGUGCGGCGCCGCCGAAGCCGAGAUCAUGAACCUCCCCGACCGCGUCGGCACCUUCUCGGCCAUCCCGGCGCUGGGCGGCCUCUCCCUGCCCCCCGGGGUCAUCGUCAUGACGGCCCUGCACUCUCCCGCCGCGGCCUCGGCCGCCGUCACAGACAGCGCCUUCCAGAUCGCCAACCUGGCGGACUGCCCGCAGAGCCACGCCUCGGCCUCGCCCGCCUCCGCCCUGGGCGCCGCCGCCGGCGCGGGGGGCGGCGGAGGAGGCGGCGGCGGUGGCGGCGGAGGCGGAGGGGGGGCCGGCGGCACCGGCGGCGGAGCCGGGGCCGGGGCGGGUAACCCCGCCAAGAAGAAGCGGAAACGCUGCGGGGUGUGCGUGCCCUGCAAGCGGCUCAUCAACUGUGGAGUCUGCAGCAGUUGCAGGAACCGCAAAACGGGACACCAGAUCUGCAAAUUUAGGAAAUGUGAAGAGCUUAAGAAAAAACCGGGCACUUCGUUAGAGGAAGCCAUUAGGAGCCCCCGCCCGAAGCCGGAGCGCGGCCAGCUGGAACUCAGCGGCAGGGUGACAGAUGGCAGGAGGAGUUCCCGGCCGGCCCGCCGCUGCCAGCCCCGCGGGCGGGAUGCCAGGCACAGGAAAGCCGGCGGCCAAGCCGCGCUCCCCCCGGGAGCGAGCGAGACGGCAGAGGUGGAGACUUGGCUGCGUCCCUCGGCUCGCUGGCCAAAAGAGCUGCACUGGCACAAGGGAGGGAGUGUGCUGGAAGUCGUCCACAGGCAGCUACUGCCAGCCUGGGAGUGGAUGGGCAGAGGAGAUGUGUUCCUUUCCUGGGCUCUGCAUCCCUGUGCCAGUACCCUCCGCGCUUUAAUGACUCGACCUGACCCCUGGGGGUGUUGAGGCUGAUGGUGGAGCAUGUGAGCUGGUCUCCUUAGAGCUGAAGGUGAUGCUCACCGGCACAGAGAGGGGCUCCAGGGGCUCUGUCACUGACAUUUCCUGGGACUGAGCUGUUUUUCCUUUGACAGCAUUAGUCUGGAUUCCUUAUGACUUCUUGUCUGUAGUUGCCUUCUGUUUUCCCCGGUGGCAUUAAGCAUUUUCUCAGAUCAAGAUCCCAUUCCCCCAAAUUUGAUCUCAUCUAUAUAGUGAAAAAAAAUUAAUAUAUAAAAUAAACAGUGAUGUGCAGUGAAUGUAAAUGAGGGAUAUCUUUGCUCCUUUUUUCUCCCGUGCAGAAACACAUUACUUUUCUGACUAAUCCUAUUGAUUUGGCUGGGGAGCUACGGCCUGCUGCUGAUGUCAAGUCCAAGUGGCAGGAUCCGGCUGUACAGUGGCAGGUCUCCGUGCCCGUUGGCACAAAUCCUUUAUUCCCCAGCUGACUCCACUGAAAUCUCCUGAGGUUACCCCUGAGCUAUUUGAGAACAGCAGGGUUUUCAAACCAUGACCCUGACUUAGGAGUACAUUUUUAAAAUUUCUGCUUGCAAUGUCCUGUGGCAAAGGUUUACUUUUCACUCAGUAGAGCUGGCGGCAGAGAAAGUCAAAUGAGUUUUCCUAAUCUGGUAUGUUCUAAAUCUGGUUUGUCUCAAAUACAGCCUGAGAGAUAUGCAGCGCAAGUGGAAAAAUAACUCCCAGCACGCAGAUGCAUGUCCUCUCGGAGCAAAUAAAGCUGACUUUUAAAAUAAAUGUUAAAUCUCACCCUUCGUAUGAAGGGAGACAGGCCUGUAGCUCAGGUAUGGGGAUGAGAUUUUAAGGUGGGCUGUGAAAGAAAGCUCACCACCAAGCUUCUGACCCAGUGUGCAUGUCCCUUUUUAUCUGCUAAGUCCAAUAAUAAGCUUGUUAUUAGAGGAAAUCUGUAACUGCCUGAUAACAUGUACGGCGAGCAGGAGCACGGGCUUGGUGGGCAGCCAGAGAUUUUGGCAGCUGUGGGGAGCAGCAGCUUCGUGGACUGUUUCACACCUCGUCCAUGAGAGCUGGGGCAGCACAUCCCUCCCAUGGGCCUGCAGCUGGGUGGGAGGAUGCCAGGAGUUUGAGGCGAGGGCUAUUCCUGCAUGGAGCUCCCUGUGCCAGCUGGUGUGCACGUGUGCCAAAGCCUCAUCCACUCAUCCUCCUGCGACCGCAGCUGGCCCCCUCGGUGCCGGGUCAGUGUGGUGGGUCUCCUGGCAUAACUCCAGGACAGGCAGCAGAAAAGCUGGGAAAAAUGUGCCACACGGUGGGUUUUGCCUUUUCCUUCUGCAUUUCCAGGGGAUGCAGUUCACACACUAGUUUCUUGCCCCCAAGCCUCCUUGCCUGAAGAAAAACAUUCAAGGAGACUGUGUGAGCUGAAUCUGAGCGUCGUGAGGUUUUCCCCAAAGUCAUUGCUGUAGGUAAUGUAUAUUUAUGAGCAGAACAAAGUGGGCUGCAGAUACUUUGAAAGGCUGCUUUCCUCUCAGGGUGGCUUAGCAUUUAGUCAAGUAAGGAGUGGAGAUGCUGUCCAGACUGCCAGUGGCAAAGCAGGCUGGUGCAGGACAGAUGGCAUCUUCAACCCGCCUUCCUGUGUGUCAUGAGAUGCUGAUGCUCUGUGGUUCAGGAGAUGGUUAUCCCUCCAGAGUCUAGAGGGAGCCUACAAGGAAACUGGAGGGGGAUUUUGCGCAGGGGCACAUAGUGGUAGGAAAAGGAGAAAUGGCUUUAGAUUGAAAGAAGGUAGGUUUAGAUUACAAAUUAGGAAGAAAUGCCCUAUGGUGAGGGUGGUGAGACACUGGAACAGGCUGUCCAGAGAAGCUGUGGAUUCCUCAUCCCUGGCAGUGUUCAAAGCCAAGCUGGAUGAGGAUCUGAGCAACCUGGUGCAGUGGGUGGUGUCCCUGCCCAUGGCAGGUGAGUUGGAGGUGAUCUAUAAGGGCCCUUCCAAUCCAAACCAUUCUGUGAUCUUACAGCACUCUGCAGGUCAGGAGACCACAUCCCUAUGCUAGGCUUUAGCCCAUCACAGGGGGACACAGCUCCAUUCCAGCAAUGAGACUGUGCCUGUACCACCAUGUGUGCCCUGAGCCCAGCUUUUGUCUGGGAAAGAGUCUUUUGAGAGAGGGAAAUCAGGAAUGGGAAGUGUGUUUUGAAUCUGCACCAGAGUAUGCACUGUUUACGUAUGAGCAAUGCUGAUGUCAUUUCCAGCAUGACUGUCGGAUGCCUGAAUUAGCUUGUGGUACUAGCAAUACAAGGUGUGACAUGAAGGCCAGUUUGCUUUCCUGCUGGCAGUCAUGUGGGCUCUGUGAGACUGAUGAGGUGCAUAGCCUGCAUUCACACAUGUAAGGAGAGCAUACAGGUACUGGUUUAUGGCCAGUGGUGGUCAGUGUUUGCUGGGCUGGGCUGCUGAUUGAUUCAAAUUACAUUUCAUGCAGGGACCAGGAAUUUCCAGCUGAAUCAUUUUGACCACCAUAGAGCACCAGAUUUCUCUAUAUCUUAUCACAUAUCUCUUUCUCAAUAUAUAUAGAGAUAUUGAGAUACACAUAGGUGUAUAUGCAGGUGUAGGUGUAGAUGUAGAUGUAGACGUAGAUGUAUAUAACUUACCAGGUCAAACUUCUCCUCUUGGGCAAGGCAUUUCAAGAAGGGAUUGUUCUCCAGCUUGAGAAGUUCAUGGUGGGUUAUCUGCAGAUCUUGGCAAGCUCAGUUUUCCCUAUGUUGCUAGCACCAGUCCCGCUGCUUUGGGAAAUCCACCAGUUUCAUUUAAUUUGCCAUGUGAAUUUGAGAUUCAUUAACAUGCUGUCUAUUCCUGUGGCUGUGUAAGUCUCUGUAAAGACCACCAGGUAGCCCAGAUUUUGUUGGACAUACCUCAGUUGCCAUAUUCUUCCCAAAGAGCCUCUGUUGAGCUGGAUUGUUUCCAGGGAUUCUCAAAAGGAAUGAGGAGUGCCACAUCUGGCUAAUAAUCUGCUGUAGCCAACAUGUGAGUUUACUUCAAUGAGAGCAAGAUUUUUGCUCAUGGAUCAAACAUCAAAGGAUUCUUACAUUAUGCAACAUCUUUUAAUAUUGGUAAAGUAUUAGGUCAUAAUCAUGUAGUGCUCUGAUAUAUUUUAUUAUUCUUUUUUAUUUCUGAAUGUGGUUCACCUCAACUCAGAUGAUCCCCUAGCCUUGCAGAAAGUGGUAUCCAAGUAAUACAGGUGACUUAUAGCAAGUCUUGGCUGGGUAGCUCUGAAUUUUUCCUGCACCCUAAACAGCAGCAUCAUCCCAAGCAGAUGCAGCCAACUUUCCUGAUUCCUUGUCUCUGUAUCACAUCUUUCAGGUGGCUGUGAGACUCAGGGAGCUGAGGAGAGAGGGUUCUCUGGCAGAUGUGGUAGGCUUGAGGCCAAGGGCUGGGCUGGGCAAGCAGGCCUUGGAUGAGUACAUUCCACUGUCUGGCAUCCCCCGCCUUGCGCCACCCAUCCCAGAGGGCAGUGGGAGGCAUCAUCUUUAAUGAGUGCUUUUGCUGGUAAAAUGCAAGUGUAUAAACAGACUUUGGUGAGGAACCUACAGCUCCUGCCAGCAUGCCGUUUCCAUGUGUUGUGUGUAGCAAGGGUCUGCUUUUACAUUUCCCUGUGAGGCAUCGAGGUCAGAUACGCAGGUAUCAUUUUUCUGCUUAAUUGUGGAGAUUUUCUGUUGGUUUCUGUUGCCUGCUUUUUACCUUCUCCUCCAAAUAUGUAGCGUGCUUGGUUGCCUAUAUGAAGCUCAUUUUUCUAGGCAAUAAUUAGAUUUUCAAAUUUCAAAUAUUCAAGGUAUUUCUACAGUGAAAGCCAGCACACAGGGAGCAGAAUAGAAAGUUUGAAAGUGUGAGGGACAUUUCAUCCCAGGUUUAUGUAGGGAUAAAUCCUCUCCAGCACCAUGCUUUAUGGCAUUACUGCUUGGAGAAGCCAGGGCUGCAGGUUUCUGAGCACUCUCCUGAGAGCAAGUCUGCCAUUUGUCAGCAUUUGCACCAGCACAGGCAGUAAGGCUUUUACAGCGAAACAGCGCUGAUCAGCUCUGGUUCUGCUCCUCACCACCCCUCCCUAGGCUUCCAGGGGGAUCUGUCUUUCCUGUCACUCAGGAUAACGAUUCCCCACCGGCAGCACAGAGAUCCAGAAACGCAUUGUAAUCUUGCCAAGAGUUUGAUUCCCCAUCUGGGACUGCUGGAUUUAUACAGCCAAGCAGUAGAUGGUCAUUGCACCUAAACUUGUGUGUGGGUGUGCUGAACCUCUAAAUGGACUGAAGGGUCUCUCUUUGUCUGGAAAUAACCCUGAUUCUUGGAGUGGUGAAAUCUGUGGAUUUCAUUGCAUAUACUGGUUUAGAUUUAACUUGAUCUAGCUAUUCAGUUUUAAAAGAUUUCUUUCUUUUUUUUUUUUUUUUUUUUUGGUUAAGGGUGGAUUAAUAAUUCAUUCCCAGAUUGGUAGUUAGUACAAUGGAUAUUUAAUUAUAAAUGUAUAUCUUUAAUUAGAACUUGGCACAUGGAUGAAAAAAUUCCCUAUCUUGCAGUUUUUUGAAAGCACACGUUAAACCACAGCCUUGCCCUUCAAAAAUACUAUUCUGUGUAUUUAAAGGUCUGAAUGACCUUUUAAUCAGACGUUACACCUUUACUUCCAGCUGACAUGACAACGUCUGACAGUAACUCAACCUGAUGUAGCAAGAAAAUAAAUAAAAGCCGUCUCAGUCACUACGUCUUUAAAUCUCUGUCUAGCUGUGGUUUUGUGUUCAGGCAGAUGGACCCACGCAGAAUAUUACAUUUAGUUUUCAAGUGAAGACAAUGUAUUGAAUUGAAUAUGUUUGCAUGUUUGACUGUUCUUUUGAGGACAAUUUAGUCAUACGAUUGUUGCCUGCCAUUCCGAACUCCAGCCUCCUCUGCAGCCAGGCUCUUUAUAAAUUAUAAAUCUGUAAACCUCGCUCUCAGCAGCCAUCUUACAGCCCACAGAGACCGGUGUUGACGGUCUAAAAAUUGUAUUAGCUCUCCUUGGCGUACCUGGGUGUGAGGGCUGCCGUGCUCUGUCACUUCUUGUGCUCAUGCUCACCUCACGUAAACGGGCAGAGCAGGGACUGGUAAAGAUGGAUAUGAGCAAUUCCUACUUUUGCAUCACCAACACAAAGAGAACUCACACUAGUCAGGGUGAUUGUAUUCAAUACACCAGCUCAUUGUCCUUGGAAGUUAAUUUUUGGAUGAUUUAUUGAGGUGUAACCUUUGUGGAGGGGGACUGGAUAUUGAAUUGACAACAGGUCAGAGUUCUGAUAAUACAGCAGAAUUAUUUUGAUGUCUGGUAUUUCCAAGUGCAGAAGCAAUAAACAUAACAAUAACAGCUCCCCUUUCAUAUGGCUUUUACAAAAAGAGAAGUUGUGUACUGCUUGAGCCUGUUUAUUACAAACUGGGCUAAUUAUUCAGCAAAAAAUACAUGCCAUACUUAUGAGCAGUUCCCUGGAAUUUAGGAGGUAAUAUUCUGACACCAAGUAAAAUGCACAUGUUACACUGCAGGGUCCAUGGUUUGUUGGAUUUUUGUGGAAAACUACAAAAACAUUUAAAAGGUCUUCCCUGAAACAAAAAUGAAAUAAUUCUUUCAGAAAGAGACAAGGUACUUAAAUGUGGCAUCAGCAAUAUCCAUGAGAACUAUUUUGCUACAAGUAUUUAUUUGCAAAUUUCCAGAGUUUUGCUUUUAGGAAAAUUUUUUUCAGGUAUAACACUACUGUUUUGUGGGUAGUUCUUAAUGAUUGUGAGCUGGGACAGACUGAUAGUGUCAUGUUAGAGCUCACUCUCCCCUCCUAGGACAGUGCAGUAAUUAAUUCUAGGGGGGGAGACAUGGGUCGAGGUGCAUGGGUUCGAGGGUGCUUCCAUCAUCUUUGGAUUGAAGAAACUUGAGGACAAGAAGUACUUCACAGAAAUCACACAGCUUUUACAUGCUCAGCCUCUUCAGCCUCUCAUGUAUGUUGUUCUUUAAAGCUGUGAAGAGAAUUUGCUGCUACUCAAAUGUGUAUGGAGGCACCAGGAUGCAAGUGUAUAUAAUUUUCAGGGUGCAGCAGGUGGGGGUAGGAGCUGGGUGGUAGCUCUGUAUACACAGGACUGUUUCUGUGUAAGCCAAGGUCCUGCAUGUAUGUGAAAGAAAGGACAGGGGCAAUCUGGGCCAUACCCCUAAGUCAGCAGGGUGAUUCCCUCGCUGGAAUGAACUCAUGGAUGUGUUUUCAGUUCUCUCUGCAUUUCAGCCUAAAUAUGGAACAAGGUGAGGUUUGAAAGUGCUAACCUCUCCUCCUAAUGUGUCUGAAGACACAGCACAAGGCUGUCCCCCCUUUCCGAGGGACAGCCUUUGCUACUCCCCUGUCAUGAGCAUGGCCUUGCCAAAGCGUCUGUUUAACCCACAAACCCACCAAGCUGUAACUGCUUGCCCAGUAUGCCGGGUCUAGGCAAAAACCAUUGUACAACCCUGUGGUUAUUCUAAAAGCACUGUCUGUUUUCCAGAUAUUUUUUCUAGCAAUGUUUACAUUUUCAUGACUACCUUGUUAACAAACUAAGGAGAAGAGCACAUGUUAGGUGUGUUACAUACUGAGUACAAUGUAUUGCGUGUGAUCCAAAAUGGUGUGUGUUUGGAGAAGGAUGUUUCUAUUAAUUGUUGAGCAAUGGGAGGCAUCAUGUUGUUCCUAGAUAACUUAAAGUAUGCAUAAAAUGUAAAGGAAAAGAACAACUAGAACUCAAGUAUGCCAAUGCCACAAAAGAAAGCUUAACUUGUUUUCUUGCUUUUUUUUUAGAGAACACCUGUUCCCAGCGCUGAAGCAUUCCGAUGGUUCUUUUAAGCAGUAGUGUAUCUUAUUUUCGAGGCAGUCCGAAGUGAAUGGCAAGCUAAAGUCUUGUUUUAAGAAACUGCUUAGUCCACCAUUGAAGAAUAUACUCAGAUACUAUUUUCAUUUAUGUAUAGGGGUUUCCUCAAAAGCAAAAAACAAAACUCUGUGAGCCUGGGGAUUUGGCCAGCUUCUUCACAUUCAGUACACCAAUUCUUUCUUUGAUGUAACUUAGCUGUACUAGUGAAGUUGUUGUCUAUUUUUAAAGUGGCUGUAAAAAAAAAAAAAAAGUUUGGGUAAACCCCUGCUAUAAAGUCAUGUAUCUUUGAAAAGUAACAUAUCUAUACUUCAUUUUCAAAUAUAUGUGUUUCAGUACUGUAAACUGUACAGAUAGCCGCUUGUAUUUUGUGUGUUUAGACACAAGGAGACAAUCAUGUCUGAGCAUCAAUGGAGAUAUACGGUUUGUACACAACAGUGUGGUUCUGCAAAUUAAAUCCGGAGCAAUAAAUUCUAGCUUUAACUAUUAUUUUGCUAGUUGUUUAGCAGCAGCAGCAGCAGCAACAGCAGCACUGUUUUGCCAUGCAUUCUUCCACAGAGACUUGAUGCCAAGUUUUCCAAGAUAGAAAGAUCAUGACGCAUCUAGCAAUUACGUUCUGUUGUGUUGUUGUGAGAGGGGAAGAUGUAACACUUAAAAUUAAUCUUUCAAGCACUAUAUUAGAAUAGUGGUUUAUGCACUUGCAUUGCUUCCAAAGGAGCUUUACAGAGGGGUAUCUCUCCAAAAAUGCUGUCUAGUGUCUGACUCGUUUUUCACUGUGCUCUGAGCUGGAGUGCCCAGCAUAGGCGGAUGUGCAAAAACUAGUCGUCUAAAUAAAGGUUGUUCUAGGAUGCAAAACAGAGUACGAGACCUUAGGAAAAAUGAUGACUCAACUUAAUUACCCUUCACCUACAAGACCUUAUGUAACGUUUUCAGUCAAUGGAAUAAAUAUUUUAUAAAGUGGAAUGCCGUAUUUUUGGUUUAGGUGGAGCUCUUCACAGUUAAGGGAGUUUUGACAGUUGGACUGCUUUGGGUCUCACUUGCACUUGUGCUCAUUUGAGAGCCUGGAUAUUUUUGUGGUAUAAAAGUGAUUUUUAAAAACAUGCUUUUAAAGAAAGAUCACUUCUGCCCACAAGUUUCUUGGUCCACUGAUCUCGGCUUUGCUGAAUGACUGGUCCCUUAGGCCCGCACAAAAAUGCUUUGCUGUUCUUCCUGUUUUAGCUGUAUGGAAGAAAUGUCUGCUCCGUGGAAAGGCAGCACACAGAGGGAUAUAGCUGACAUGCUGUAAAAAAUAUGGAGGAUUCUUUACGUAGGGAUACUUACUGUUAGUUGAUCAUCACUUUUUAUUGCUUGGCUUUGUCAUACCACUCAUGAGUGAGAAGGCCAUGCCACCGAAGGAAGGGAAUGCUGUUGUGCCAUAUUUGAUAGAUUUGUAAUUUUAUACAAGAUUGGCCUACUAGUAGUUUCACAGACAAGAUGCUGGGCAUGGAAAUAACCAGGUAAUGUUGCACAACACAUGCAAAUCUUCUACUGUUUCAGCACUUUUUCCAGUUUUUGCUAAGUACUUCAGCCUUUGGGCCCUGGUCACACUUACUUGUUGAAGCACGAGGGAUGGGUUGGGAAUGCUCCACUGUGGGACUGUGCAGGUGGGGAAGAUGCCAGCUUUGGCAAGCGAGGGCUGGCAGGAGCUGGGAAUAGCCCAGAAAGUGAAGACCAAGGGAUGGAGGAGGAGAAACCUCCUGAGGUCACAUGUGUGUGUCAGCAAGACCAGGCAGAGCAUGGGUGGCCCAGGGUAACUGGAGGGCACAGUUGGGCUGGGCUUACACCUGCAUCCUCAGCUUAGGGUCAGUGCACGUGUCUGUGUCCUUGCGUCACAUGGCAUCACAUACAUGGCUUCAGAGGUGGAAUGUCACGCUUAAAAUGCUUCUAUCAUGGUCCCCCUCUUAGAGUUUGUGAGAUCCUCAGUUGAAUACUCACCCAAUGCCCACUCAGUGAGCUUUGUGUCUGUUUGUGUGGCAGCCGUGUAUGGAUUUUUUUUGUGUUAGAGACCUUUUUGGUUAGGGGCCUCUGUUACUGAUUACUAGAUGAAUACGAGCUCUGCAAGGUCUUCUCUACCAAAGUGCUGAUUGAUUUACACACUGAAGCCUUAUUUGCACAUCUGGCUGGUGAGCUUGCCUUGCUCUUUGGAAAACUCUAACUGCUCUUACAGCAGCAGAGGCAAAAUUAAGUUCAGGCUACAUUAGGUGUACAAAGAUAUUCAUAGCAAUGUACUUACUGUCUAAUACCCUAAUGUUGCAUGUCUUUUUGUGGUUCCUUUUUUUGUUUUGUUGUUUUGUUUUAAAGAACUGAUGGAUCUGUAUAUUGUAAUUGUGGUGUUUUACAUGUCAAUUCAAAAUUGUUAAACACACAAACAAGCAUACCUGUUAAUUACUGAAAAUGAACAAGAGGUGAUUUUUCCAUUUUUUGUUUCGGAUGUGGUUCCUUUGCAUCAUCAGGUUUUUAGAUUCUGCUGAAACAGUAUUUAUAUGAUGUAGUGUGCAUAGAGCAUUUUAAGUAGUGAUGUUUGAAGAAGGAAAUCCAUUUUCUGGCCUGUCUCUCCCCACUGCCCUCCCCACCCCUCCCCAUUUAUAUACAUAUUUGGCAAUCAGAUUAUUGUCAAGUUCUAAUUACCAAAUUUGUGCUUUUCACAAGGUCCAAUACCGUUUUCCAGUGUGAAAAUUUGUAUUCUUCUCCAUUCUUCAUUCUCACAGUGAAAACAAACAAACAAAAAAAAAGGGUGUGGGCAAAAAAAGAGCAGAAUUCUUUCUGUCUUCUAGGUGUGAGCGCUAAGCCUAGUGGAAGCAUUUUUGGCAUACCCCAGAUAAACUUAUGAAAAAUGGUAAGCUUGAAAGGGAGGCACACAUACCCAUUCUGUCAAUUAAUAACAGACCCUUCCUAUGUGGGAAAAUAGUCCCUUUUGUACAGACCCCCUAGUAUGUAAGUCCUACAAUUAAUGUUGAAGAAUGUAAAGUCUUUAAAUGGGCUAUAUCUGUAAUCAAAUAAUGAAGAAAGAAAGUAGUUAAAUGAACAUACCAUUCAGGGUCAAAUGCAUUCAGCAAAAAGCAGUAGUGGGUCUUUGAUCAUGGUUAGAUGCAUAGUGAUAUCAAACAGUGGGUUCUCAUGUAACAGCUAAAUGUUUCCGAUUUUGUUUUUAUUAAAUUUGGCAGUUUCACGCUGAGCUCUACUGUAUUCUUAGUGAACAAAAGACAGCUCCUAUGUUAGAAAGUACUCCAUUUUCACAGUUGCAGGGAACUAGGAGGGUAUUUUCAGAAACAUGGGCCACAGAAAUGUACUCCUUUCACAGUGUUCUCCUAUUUCUGAACUGUGCAGUUAUCUAUUAAAUUUUCUAAUAGAUAUUUGUGUAAGGUGUAUGUAUGCUUGUGCAAUUAUGGAAAAAACAGUUUUGGAAAACAGUGUAUUUAUGAAAAAAUAAUCACUUAUGGGGCAUGUACAAAACUGUAUAAAAACAUUCAAUCUGCCCAGUAAAGUUGUUUUUGUGAUAUUUCUGUGUUGUUGAAUAAAGGACUUUAGUAUUCAAAAUAUCUCUCUUUUUCC